AUGGGUAACAAUAUCGACCCAACUUGUUAUUUUGAAAAGGCUUCAUUUGGAGUGUAUACUGUGAUUUUAAGUGGCAUGGCUCUUUGUCAUCUAGGAUGUUACAGCCCUCAUGUUGUUCCCGAUGAGUACAUGGGGUUUGUUGGAUCUCUCUUUCGAUUUGUGACAUACACCCAUCCCAUGUUGAUACAACUUAUUUAUCAUGCUGCAGUUUUUGUUCACUUUGGUGAAGCUUUCCUUGCAAUUAAAAUGGCACGCCAAAAAAAGAUAACAGAUAGACUCACUCAGCUAAAAUGGUUUGCACAAACUGUUUUUCUGGGAAUUGGUUCACUACGUUUGUUAAUGAGCUAUGAAUCACCUAGAAAAAAACAUUAA